GGGCCGUCCCCGGCCGGCCAUCCCCGGCCCCAGCGCCGCUGACCCUGUCCUCCGCGGGCGGGGACGCGGGCGGAGGAGGUGCCGCCUCGGAGCCCCCGGACGCGACCAUGUCGGAGGUGCUGCCCUACGGCGACGAGAAGCUGAGCCCCUACGGCGACGGCGGCGACGUGGGCCAGAUCUUCUCGUGCCGCCUGCAGGACACCAACAACUUCUUCGGCGCCGGGCAGAACAAGCGGCCGCCCAAGCUGGGCCAGAUCGGCCGGAGCAAGCGCGUUGUUAUUGAAGAUGAUAGGAUUGAUGACGUGCUGAAAAAUAUGACCGACAAGGCACCUCCUGGUGUCUAACUGCCCCAAAGACAAUGAGUUGAGGGAAAGAAAAAGAAGAGUGGCGGGCCGUAACAGUUAUUGACAAAAGCAUGAGGAGGAGAAAGCACUUUGAAAUUUAUUAUUAGAUUGCUACCUACGAUGAAAUCAACAACCUGUGUCUCAUGUCAGGCCGGGAGACAGAUGAGGUGGGAGAAGGAGGAGGAGGAAGAGGAGGAGGAGGAGGAAGAGGAGGAGGAGGAGAAGGCUCUGGGCUCCUCUACAAAAAUAAAAGUUAAAAAAAAACCGACAUAAAAAAAUCACUAUAUACACACAUAUAAAGAAAAAAGUCUCAGUUGCAGCUAUUUGUCAGAAUCAAUACCUGUUUCUUUUUAUAUAUGGUAAAUAUUGUGCAAUUAUAGAUCUGGAGUUUGAACCACUUCCUGAAGCAGCACCGAGUACUUGAAGGUGCUUGCCGUCUCUGCUGAUUUGGCUGUUCCCAAUGUUUACAUUAUUUAAUCUUGCAAAAAUGAUUCUGUGCACUUGGAUGUGACAUGCUGUCCCGUUUUAUUAUUUUUUAAAAAUGUUGUUUAUUCUUGGAUGUACAAAAGAAAUCGGGGAAAACGAUCUCUGUAGAAACCGUUCUACUUGGGUCACCUUCUGGAGUUCUCGGAUAUGUGUUUCGGAGCAGAAGGGAACUUUUCUGUGGACCGACGCUGAAGGAGAAUCCUUGUCUUAUUUUAAAGAGGUGGACUGUGCAGCUUGUGUUUCCUUGUUGCAGUAAAGCUUUUUGCCCAGGUUAAACUCCAACAACACGUUUUAUAUGUCAGAAAGAAAAAAAAAAGACAAAGAAAAAUAAUGCUUGAGUAUUUUCUAACCUCCCCUGGAGUCUGUUGUGUGAGCCCCCUCUUUCCUUCCCAUACAGUGUGUCACUUUAUUCUCUUUAAUGAACUGUAAAAAACAAAAAAAAUCAAAUGUAAUCACAAGAGUGCCAAAUAUCCUGAAACGCCAAAAGGCAUUUUGGUUUCUUUUUUCCCCUGUGCUCUGAGUCCUUGUGCAGGAAUGCUCGGAGUGUCAAUCCUGUUGUUUAUAGGGGUUCUCUUAAGGCUCGCCAGUUGCCUGUUUGCAUGGUAUUUGCAAAAAAAAAUGCCUCUUGCGUGAGGAACUUUUACCAUCUUUUUUUUUUUUUUUUUGGUUUGUUUGCAACUUUGGACCUCAAGGGGUCCCCACCCCCAGUUCCUUCUUUUCUUGGUUCCACAUUCUGUAUGUUGCACCUUGAACCCGCACACAGGGCUAUUUCUCCAAUGUACAAUAAAGAACUCUUCCUGUGUCUCUCUC